AUGAUACGUAGCGGGGCGGCGUUCAACCCCAUGCGCCGCACGCCGCCACCGCCACCGCACAUCGACACGUUUCAAUUAAUUCCCGAUGAUUACAUCAAAAUGACAUCGGCGGAUGGCCAUAAUUUUCUUGUGCAUUACAACUGUGCCCGCGCCUCGCCACUCAUUCGGAAGUGUUUUGCCGACCGUGUUGACCUCGAUCUCCCUGCCGUAAGCAUCAGCUGGGGCGAGACCGAGAAGAGCCCGCCCACUGUUCACUUCCCAACCCUGGCGGCAGCGCGAUUAGAGGUGAUUAUUCAAUACCUGUACUACAAACACCGCUACGAGGGGGAAACGGAGGGCCGGCCGUCUUUUGAUAUCCCGGUGGAGGCCGCACUGGAGGUGAUGAAAGUCGCAGAGACGCUUCAGUGUUGA